AUGGACGUUACCAGCGGGAUGAGGCCCAUCUUUGGCGGAUAUCCGUUCCAAGGACAAGGACGGAUGAAUCAGCUAGGUGGGGUCUUCAUCAACGGGCGACCUCUCCCUAAUCACAUCCGUCUGAAAAUCGUAGAAAUGGCCGCCGCAGGAGUCCGUCCUUGCGUGAUCUCCAGGCAGCUUCGAGUCUCGCACGGCUGCGUCUCGAAGAUCCUGAAUCGGUAUCAGGAAACCGGAUCUAUUCGCCCGGGCGUGAUCGGCGGCAGCAAGCCGCGAGUGGCCACGCCGGAAGUCGAGGCGAGGAUCGAGGAGUUAAAGAGGGACAAUCCGGGAAUAUUUUCUUGGGAGAUCAGGGAUAAACUCAUGAAGGAGGGUUUCUCGGAUCCACCGAGCGUCAGCUCCAUUAGCAGGCUUCUUCGGGGUGGACGACCAGGAGAUGACGGAAAGAAGGAUUACACUAUCAAUGGCAUACUAGGCGGCGGUCGCUGCGGUGACGACUCUGACACGGAAAGCGAGCCGGGCAUUCCACUGAAGCGAAAGCAACGCAGAAGCAGAACGACGUUUACCGGCGAACAGCUCGAACAGCUGGAAGCUGCGUUCCACCGAGCUCAAUAUCCAGACGUUUACGCCAGAGAGGAAUUAGCUCAGAGAACCGGACUGACGGAGGCGAGGAUUCAGGUGUGGUUCAGCAAUCGCAGGGCGCGACUCCGCAAACACACCAGUAGCAUAACGCACUCGGUGGCGAAUCUGCCGUUGACACCCUGCCAAUACGCCGCGGCUGGCCACGAGCUCGUUCAGAUACCGCAGGUGCCGCAGAUGCCGGGCGGAAUACCGCAGGUACCCACGACGUUGCAUCACAGCCCGACGACGCUGCACCAGGCGCCUAGCGGCGUCCACCAGAUCCCCGGCGGCACCACGGUCGCCCAAAUGGCGAGCACGAUGGCCCAGGUGCCCACCACGAUGAGCGGCGCCCUUCAGGGGCACGCCGUCACCAUUUCCGGUCAUAUCGGCUCGCUUCCGGCGCACGCGGCCUCCGUGCAACUCGCACAGGUAUCGACGAUGCAGCCACCCGCCGCGCACGGCGCGCCGACGUCGCUCUCGCACAACGCCGGUAAUGCCGAUUGGUCCAGGGCGCAGCUCGGUUGGGGACAGUUCAAUCAUUUCCAGAGCGGCGAGUAUGGCCCGGGACACACCGGCAGUCAUCAGCACGCGAGCUCUCAGAGUACUCAGCCGAGUACUCCAAAUGCGGGUACAACGCCGGACUGGUACGACCAAGGUUACGAUUACGCUCAGCACGCUCAGCUUAAUUAUCACCGUAGCGUGGGUGGAAUAUUUUAGCCGAUCGGCUGUUGUACAGAGAUUAAUUACAAAUGAUGCGCCGAAGG